AUGUAUAAUUCCUUCUUACCCGCAGAAUACCAUCCACCAACCCCACCAAAGAAGACUGGUUUCCACCGCUACCAGUUCAUUUUGUUUGAACAGCCUCCACACACACAAGUGGUCCUCACUGAGCAGGAGAGAUCAUCCCGUGGUAAAUGGGAUUUUCCGGCCUUCAUCACAAGGUUUAAUCUGGGAGAGCCAGUGGCCACCUUGCAGUUUCUCACCCAGAACUCCAAAGACUGA